AUGUCUCUACUACGCACAUCACUCGCAGCAGUGUUCUUCCCGUUGGCAUUAGCCGCCGGAAUUCCUCAUCUCUUUGGACAAGCCGAAUAUUCACACUCCGGUCCCACCGAGGUGGCAAUAGAUGGGCAACUCCCUGAAGGCGCCGUUCCGAUCGACGACUCCGAUCAUCACCGCCAGAAGCGAGCCUACAACUACCGCUUCAAUAAUUACUACAACGAUUGGAAUGGUGGUGGUGGGCUUCUGGUUCGCCGAAAUCCGCCGAGCCCUUACCUGAAAAAGUGGAUCACCUACGAGCACAACCGGUAUCGCCGGAUGGUGCCCUCAAGCGACAUGAACAUGCUCUACUGGUCUGAAGAACUUGCCGCAUCAGCACAACGUCACGCGGACACCUGCGACUUCCGGCACUCCCGAGGUCGGGUCAACGUGGGCGAGAACAUUUGGGCUGCCCCCUACUCCAAUUAUUCGGAUGCGAUCUCCAUCUGGUUUAACGAGGUUCACAACCCAUGGUGCCAAUGUAAUCAUGCGUACAAACAUUGCUGCGGUCACUACAUUCAGGUGGUCUGGGCAAAGACAUCACUCGUCGGCUGCGGCUUCGCUACCUGCCGAGAUGUCCAAGGCGUAUGGGGUCGUGGCCAUCGCAACGUCUUCGUCUGCCACUACAACCCCCAGGGCAACACGGUAUACGUCACGGGAAAUGGCCAGCUUUAUGCGGUACCGGCUUUCAAAUGGGCAACUGGAGAUAAGGGACGCUGCUCAGAAUGUCCUGAAUCGGCACCAGCUUGUUAUCAGGGACUCUGUUAUAUGCCGACUGAAGGCGGCCCUCAAAAUACAACAACCACAACAACGACGACAACGACGACUUCUUCAUCCCUAGAAGAGAACAGUUUUGGAGACUAC